AUGCCGGCUACCGAUCGCGGCAGGGUAAACACACAACCCGCGCCUCAGGCAGAGAUGGGAAACUCGAGAAGGACCUCCAUGGAUGAUUUGAGCCUCGUAGCUAACUUCCCCACGGGACGGCGAGAUGAUUCCAGGUCUCCGCCCAAGCAAGCUUUCCACAACGAUCCUCGAGGGAGAGACACUCGCUAUCGGGACGACGAUAUGGACUACGACAAUGAUUACGACUACGAUCACGACUACGAUGACCGAUCUGGUCGCUACGAAGAUGGAUACUCAACAAGAGGUGGCGCAUCUCGAGAAUCGCGCCCUAACGCUCGCGACGAACAUGACUAUCGAGGCAUGUAUGAUGACGGCUAUGUCGACAAUAGCGACCGAGGGAGACAGCGAUACGAGGACGACAAUCAUCGGAGUGGCAGACGAAAGUACCGCGAUGGUGAUGACCCGCGAUCUCAAUCUCCAUCUGGAAGCUAUCAUAACCGCGGCCGCUCCGACAGCCCUACACGAGAAGCCGGCAAGCCUAGCGACACCAUCAUCCUUGAAGGUCUACCGUUCAGUAUAUCGUCGAAUGAGCUCCGAGACAGUAUUCUAAGCAACCCAGUUGCCGCCGAAGUUCCUUCAAUCGACGUGCGCAUUUCCGCUUCCAAGGGCAAUCGCAGAGCGUUUGUGCAGUUCCAGGAAGUUGAUCAUGCUGUUGCUUUUAUGAGAGAACAUUAUCCCAAGUUUCUUGUUGAGAUGUCGCACUAUACUGAUGACGUCCCAGAAGGGAAGUUUGAUGCGUACAUCCACUACGCUCGAAGUCGAGAUGCUCGCGACGACACCGAUGCCCGAGGUGUCACAGGUAGUAACUGGACAUGUCCUACAUGCGACUUUUCGAACUACUCUACACGCAUCAAGUGCAAGAUCUGUGGUGGUCCCCAGGCUGCUCCAGCAUGGCAGUUGAGCCUCACAGGCAUAGCAGAUGCUUCGGAUGUACCGGCGCAAAUCCUUGUUGUUUAUCCAUUGGCAUCAUUUGUGACCGAGGACAUGCUAGCCAGCGAUAUGAAGCGGCUGGAGCUUGUGAAGCCGGACAACAACAAGGACACCUCCAGUGGAGCACCAAAACUGAAGUCUACAGCGCCGACUGGUGAUACCACAGGUUACGGCGCCCGACCCGGAUCCCUACACCGAGUCUUUCUCAUGCGCGAUGCCAACACGAACGAAUCCUUUCAGUACGGAUUUGCCGAAUUUUGGACGGUGGAAGACGCAACAGUUGCUCUGUCCAAAUUCUACAAAUCCCGGUCGUUCACGGUCGCGACUUGUCCAGUGACGGUAUCAAGUACUCACAUGGGUGUUUUCUUGCCUGAAGAAAGAGAAGUUACACCAGAGACUGAACACAUGUCGUUCCAUCCUCUGUUCAACCCAGACCUUCGUGUCCGCUAUCGCGACUACCACGUUUAUCCCUCCCAGCAGAUAGUCACUGAACAGCCGCCAGAAGGCGACGCAGCCUCAAAAACAGCUGAGGAAGAAGCGAAGAAGUCAAAGAAGCGGAAGGCAGAAGGAAAUCUGGCUGCAGCCUCCACAAAGAAGUCUGUGCCGAUUAUGGCAGGCCAGAUGGCCAUGUGGCAGCGAAAGAGGGAUGAGCUUCGGGUUGAGAAAGAGGCCAGGCCGGCGAGACAAAACAAGGCCGAGUUCAGCGACGUGAACCGAACGCCACUACGUAUAAAUCUUGCAGGGUCUGGAGUAGAUGCACCCAGACCUCAGAACGCCAUCAAGAUUUCCAUAUCCGGAUCAAAGCUUGGAGCCCCUGAACCCAUGGCCCCCAACAAGCAGGCUUCGCCUGAGGAAGCAGACACGCCUGGUAGCAUCGCGCGCUCGGUAUCUGUUUCCGCAGACGCACCUGUUUCUUACGUCGAUCGCGAUCGGUUAAUGUGUCUAAUCUGUAUGCGCAAGUACAAGUCGGUUGAUGAAGUCAAUAUCCACGAGAAAUCCCUGAACCACAAGACUGCGACGGAGAACGAGGAGCAAGUCAAAGCUGCACUGCCCAGGCUAGCAGCACGCGACAAGAGACUUCAGAAGCAGGUCCAGGAGAACCCAGAUUCUGCGGCUGCAUCUCAGUAUCGUGAUCGCGCAAAGGAGAGGCGAGCUGCGUUCAAUCAACCUACCAAGCCUACGACCGCUCCACAGGGGAAACCGAAAUCAACCCCAAAGGCGGAAGAGGCUGCACCGGCCGCGAAGCCUGCUCAAUCCAAAGGAGCGGGUAUGUUGGCAAAGAUGGGUUGGUCUACUGGCGCUGGUCUAGGAGCCAACAGAGAUGGACGUACCGAGGUAAUCGAGACAAAUGCCUACCAAGAAGGCGUUGGACUAGGCGCAGAGGGUGGCAAUCUUGGUGAUGCAGCGCAGUUGGCUGAGCGCAAGACCAAGAACACCUAUGCCGAUUACGUGAACACUGUGCAGGAUAAGGCACGGGAGCGGUAUAACAAGCUGGGGUAA